AUGGGGCACAUACUUUCCGGCUGCCCGCCUGCCUUGGAAUCUGCACCGGUGCCAAUGGCGUCUUCCUGGGCCAGCAUGCGGCUGCCGGUCGACGAGGACCUCCGGGCAAUGCUGGGUGGGGCGGUGAUGAGGAAGGUGAAGUCCCGGAGCUGGAAGAGGCCGAGAUACUUCAAACUGCAGGAGGACUGCAUGAGUAUCUGGUACCAGUCCAAGAAAUCCGGCAACCCCCGCAACAGCUUUUCCAUCAGUGACAUCGAGGCGGUGCGUGAGGGCCACCAGUCUGAGGUUCUGCAGAGCACCGCCGAUGAGUUUGACCCCGAGCGCUGCUUCACCCUGGUGUUCCGCGGCCGCAGGGGGAACCUGGACCUGGUGGCUGAUUCCCCGCGAGAGGCAGGACACUGGAUCCAGGGUCUACGCAAGCUCAUCGAGACUGUGAAAAACAUGGACCGGAAAGAAAAGCUCGACCAGUGGAUUAGUGAUUGGUUCCAGAAGGCUGACAAGGAUAAGGAUGGACAGAUGAACUUCAAGGAGGUGCGAAAUUUACUGCAGAUGAUGAACGUCGACAUGAAUGAAGAUCACUCCUUACGGCUCUUUAAGAUGGCGGACAGGUCCCAGUCGGGAACACUGGAGGGUGAGGAGUUCGUCCUGUUCUACAAAGCGCUGACAAAGCGGGAUGAUGUUCACCAGCUGUUCAGUGAGUUCUCCAAGGAUGGGAAGAAGUUGACCCUCCUGGAGUUCGAGGACUUCUUGACCCAUGAGCAGCAUGAGCCGGAGGAAGGUGUGGAGAAGUUUGCCAUGGAUUUGAUCAUGAGAUAUGAGCCGUCAGAGACGGCCAGGAAGUUGUACGCCAUGACGUUGGAUGGGUUCCUCAUGUACCUCUGCUCUCCGGAAGGGUCCAUCUUCAAUCUCAAGCAUGAACCUGUCUACCAGGACAUGAUGCAGCCUCUGUGCCACUAUUUCAUCUCCUCCUCCCACAACACCUACCUGCUCGAGGACCAGCUUCGGGGACACAGUAGUGUUGAAGGUUAUAUUAGAGCUCUGAAGAAGGGCUGCCGCUGCGUGGAGGUGGACUGCUGGGACGGCCCGAACCAGGAGCCAGUGGUUUACCACGGCCACACACUGACCUCCAAGAUCCUCUUCAAGGACGUCAUCUCCGUGGUGGACAAGUACGCCUUCAAGACCUCCGAUCUCCCCGUCAUCCUGUCCAUCGAGAACCACUGCAGCCUGGAGCAGCAGACGGUGAUGGCCCAUCACCUCACCACCAUCCUGGGGGAGAAGCUGUUGACGAGUACCAUUGACGUGCAGGUCCCCAGCACACUCCCCUCUCCAGAGGAGCUGCGGUGGAAGGUUCUGGUGAAGGGGAAGAGGAUUGGGGGGCUGGAGAGCUCCGUGAACGGCCUGGGUCAGCAGCACUGCGCUGCAGAGGUGACAGACGAAGAUGAGGCGGUGGAGGUGGAGGACGAGACCGUAAAGAAUGAAGUGAAGCGGAAAGGGAAGGACUCCAAGCAGCAUUUGGCCAGGGAGCUGUCUGACUGUGUCAUCUACUGCAAGAGUGUCCACUUCCACAGCUUCAAGCAUGCCCGCAUGCACAACAAGUUCUAUGAGAUCUCCUCCUUCACCGAGUACAAGGCCAGGAAACAGAUCCGGGAGUCUGCCAAUGAAUUUGUCCGACACAACGCUCGCCAGCUGACCCGGGUUUAUCCCAGCGGCUUCCGAACCGACUCAUCCAACUUCAACCCACAGGAGAUGUGGAACGCCGGGUGCCAAAUCGUUGCUUUGAACUUCCAGUCAGCGGGGGAGGAGAUGGAUCUUAACGACGGCCUCUUCACCACCAACGGCCACUGCGGCUACGUGCUGAAGCCCGCCUUCCUGAGGUCAACGGACUCCACCUUCGACCCCGACCAUCCCAAGGAAUCUGCUGGGUACCGACCCCUAAACCUCACCAUCCAGGUGAUCAGUGGACAGCAGUUACCAAAAGUGGCCAACAGUAAGCAGGGAUCGAUCGUGGACCCUCUGGUCAGGGUGGAGGUACAUGGAGUACCCAUGGACAAUGCGAAACAAGAAACCAAGUACAUCGACAAUAAUGGAUUUAACCCUGUGUGGUACGAGACGCUCAGCUUCAUCGUCCAUGUCCCAGAGCUCACCCUGGUGCGGUUUCUGGUUGAGGAUUACGACCUGGCCUCGAAGAACGACUUUGUGGGGCAGUACACAAUACCACUGUCCUCCAUGAAGGAGGGUUACCGGCACGUCCACCUGCUCUCCCGGGACGGCACCCCCAUCGCACCCGCUUCGCUCUUUGUCCACGUCAACAUCGCAGAGGCUGCCGGCAGAUAGUGGAGAGGGAGGGGAGUUACACUGCCUACCUAACCCUCUAGCUCCAACCCUUCCCACCCCGCCUCCCCUGAGUUCCACACGUCUAAACCCCAUCCACCCAGCUCCCCCCUCCCCCACGGCACACAGCAACCCCCAGGGUGCUCCUCAACCUGACACAGUGGGUGAGCAAUCCCUCCUCCUUCUGGUGGGCUGCUGGGGAGACGGGACACAGGUGGGGGCUCCCCAAGCGUGGCAGUUGCUGACGUUUGGAGUUUGCCAGCCAGGCACUGGGAUCACGGCUUAAGUGGUGUCCAGUAAACGGGGUGACUGUUUGAAUGAGACGGAUUGAGGGGUGAAACACCCUCCCCCCACUAUACUAGAGCCAGGGGGUUGGUCCCCUUAGAUAAGGUGACAUUUCUGCCCCCGAUCUUUUGUCGCUUGGAUCUGUGACCUCAAUGAAUCAGAUCACUGACGUACAUCAUGUAACUUGUUGUUUUGCAGCAAGAUGUAAAAAUCAUAAGUUUCAAAAUAUAAAUAAA